UUCCAUUUCCCAGCACAGCGGUAAAUUGGCAGCAACGCAACAUCCCGAAGCCCAUGGCCUUUCUCAAAGCAUGUGGGCCGAAUUCAACAGGAACUCUCUAUCCAUUGUCUUGCUCACUGCUUUUGAAAAGGACGAAUCUGAUUUGCUCGCGAGUCUGGACCAGUCCUUGGUCAGUACGAUCCUGCUGAAGGCUGGUGCUGAGUUGGUCAAAGAUUUCAUGCAGGAAGCACCAGACUGCCGCAACGAUGCUGACCAGGAAGAUCCCGUUUCAUUGCUGUUUGCAUUGGCCAGUCUUGAGAGCAAGAAUGCGUUCAAUACGUCUCUUCUUCGUUCCAAGAAGGAUGCUCAGGUGGCCAUCAAUGUUCAGAAUCAACUCAUCUCCAUGCUCAUUGAGAAAUGCCUCCGCCAGAAGGAUUCUGCCGAGAUUGGACCCAUGGAUUUGUUGAAGCGUGCUCUGGCAGAGACAGCGUGCAGUGUGAAGUCCUUGCAGGAUGUGAGGUUUGAGAAGGAAUCGAUGAAUAACGUGCAAGACGACUGCUGGUCAAUGGUCCUUGCGUGCGACAUUACGUUUUUGCGUUGUGGUCUGCAAGCCUUGGAGGCAGAGAAAGAUCAGCAAGAGAAAUCUACACCGCUGGGAAAGCAGCUCACGAAGGCCCUCAACGUGGUUGCAGAGGAAGCCGUGUCCCACACUGAUACUCUGUCCAAGCUGAAAGGAUUCCUACCGUUUGUGAAGGAGCAUGAGAAUUGGCUUCCCAGUUCUGUGGAUCCACCGCCAUGCCACACGGACACUGUUCAACGACUCUACAAGCUGUGCAGUGUGGACGGGGCUCGGGUGAGAGAAGUGUGCCGCACGAUGGACACAUGGCGCAUGCUGGAAAAGGAGCUUCAUUCAGGCGGCCCUGUCCCUGGUGCGGAUGAAAUUGAACCGAUCGUCACCUUUUGCCGUGAGGUGGGAGACAAGCUGAUCAAGUUUUCAAGCGAAAUUUGUGUGAUGAUCCAGCUCAGCAUUAAAUCAGUGCUGAAAACCGGCGAGAAGGACUUCAAUGAGACGCAUCGGGAACUGAUGGUCAACUUGAAGGAGGUCAUGCUUCUCUACGUGUGG